AUGAAUUGUGGAGGGCAGUUGAAGGUUUCCGGAUUUGGUGUGCUUAGAUUAUCCAAAGUUUCAGAUGACAAAGUUAAACAAGAGCAACCUGAAGCCACAGAUCGUACAAUGAUGCCAAGGUUAUCUGGGAUCAAAAGGAGGUUUGGAUUUGUCUCAGUUCAGAAUCAGCUGGCUGUGAUGUCAAUCCUUUCCGCCACCCAAAGCCGCCGCGAAAAACUUUUCUCCUCCGGCAUCGAAGGCGUCCCUGACCCGCCUCUUCAGAUCCUCCUCACACGUUUCUCUCAUCCAGAGGACAGGAAUAUCCAGUGGGUUUUUUUGGGAUGCCCUGGCGUUGGAAAAGGUACCUAUGUCAGCCGCUUCUCUACCCUCCUUGGCGUCCCCUACAUCGCCACCGGCGAUCUCGUCCGCGAAGAACUGUCCUCCCCCACCCCUCUCUCAAAACAACUCAAAGAGAUUGCGAACCAAGGGAUGUUGGUCUCAGAUGAGAUAAUAAUAAGCUUAUUGUCAAAGAGGCUUGAGGCUGGAGAAGCCAAUGGUGAAUCAGGAUUUAUACUUGAUGGUUUUCCUCGAACAGUGACACAAGCAGAAAUAUUGGACGACGUGACUGACAGACAUUGA